ACAAAGAAAUGAUAAAAUUCAUUAGUGCUUCAUCAUGGCCGACAACGUUCAAAAAGAACAAAUAAGUAAAUUUAUACAGCUAACGGGCACCGACAGCGGUAGAGCUAAGUUUUAUUUAGAGUCUUCAAACUGGAACUAUGAGGUUGCUGUAGCCAGUUUUUUCGACAAUGAUGAUGGAGAUGAAGGUCUGUAUGAAGCUCCUUCAGCACAGCCUGAAUCACUGCCUCCUAAGCCUUCACAGCCCACAGGGCAAUCAUCAUCAGCAGCAUUUCCACCUCCAAGUUCACGGCCAUCAAGGUUUGCCACAAUAGGAAAUUACCAGACUCAAGAUAGUUCAUCAUCAUCAGAAGAUGAAGGACAAGCAUUUUAUGCUGGAGGCUCUGAAACCAGUGGUCAACAGAUUAUUGGUCCAAAGAAACGUGACGGGAAAAAAGUGGUGGAUAAUCUGUUUCAAUCGGCCAGGGAACAUGGUGCAGAAGAGGUGGAUCGAUCAGAAAAGAAACCAACAAAGAGUAUGGCAUUUAAAGGAUCAGGUUACAGACUCGGUGAAACAGAGGAUGGACCAGCGGAUAUAGUACAGGGAGCACCUUUACGGUCAGGUCCCAGACAGGUUGACAUGGUACUUAAGUUAUGGAAGGACGGAUUUAGUGUGGACAAUGGAGAAUUGAGAGACUUCCAAAAUGCUGCUAACAAAGAAUUCCUAGACUCCGUUGCAAAAGGAGAAGUUCCCCAGGAGUUGAUAAGGCUGGCCAGGGGAGGGGAAGUCAACCUCAACAUGGAAGACCAUCGACAAGAAAAUUAUGUCAAACCAAAGGAAGUUAUCAGAGCUUUCUCUGGACAGGGUAAUAUGCUGGGCAGCCCCGCACCAAAUGUAGCUGUAACCCCGGCUGCAGCAGGGUCAGCCACCGCAGCCUCACAUAGUGUAAAUGUAGAUCAGUCUCGCCCUACCACAAGUCUCCAGAUCAGACUAGCAGAUGGGUCAAGAAUGGUUGCUAAAUUCAACCACACGCACAAAAUCAGUGACAUAAGACAGCAUAUUGUAGCAAAUAAUCCACGGUAUGCUGGUGCAAAUUUUAUUCUUAUGACAACCUUCCCAAAUAAGGAAUUAACAGAUGAAACUCAGACACUGGAGCAGGGGAAACUGUUAAACGCUGUGAUAGUACAAAGAUUAAAGUGAUGGAGAGUUUUGUGAGCAAGUGUUAGCCUAACAUAUACAGAAAGUGCCAGGGAUAUUAUGUACAUACAUCUGUACAGUUACCACAGGGGAUGUCUGUACAGUUACAACAGGGGAUAUCUGUACAAUAACCACAGGGGAUAUCUGUACAUAUACCCACAGGGGAUGUCUGAACAUGUACCCACAGAGGAUAUCUAUACAUAUACCCUCAGGGGAUAUCUGUACAUAUACCCACAGGGGAUAUCUGUACAAUAACCACAGGGGAUAUCUGUACAUGUACCCACAGGGGAUAUCUGUACAUAUACCCACAGGGGAUAUCUGUACAUAUACCCCCAGGGGAUGUCUGUACAUAUACCCACGGGGAUAUCUGUACAUAUACCGACAGAGGAUAUCUGUACAUAUACCCACAAGGGAUAUCUGUACAUAUAACAACAGAUGAUAUCUGUACAAAUACCCACAGAGGAUAUCUGUGCAUAUACCCACAGGGGAUACCUGUACACUACCCACAGAGGAUAUCUGUACAUAUACCCACAGAGGAUAUCUGUACAUAUCACUACGGAGGAUAUCUAUACAUAUAACACCAUGGUAUAUCUGUACAUAUACCCACAGAGGAUAUCUGUACAUAUUCCCACGGAGGAUAUCUAUACAUAUACACACAGAGGAUAUCUGUACAUAUACCCACAGAGGAUAUCUGUACAUAUACCAACAGGGGAUAUCUGUACAUAUACCCACAGAGGACAUCUGUACAUAUACCCACAGGGAAUAUCUGUACAUAUACCUACAAGGGAUAUCUGUACAUAUAACAACAGGGGAUAUCUGUACAUAUAACAACAGGGGAUAUCUAUACAUAUACCCACAGAGGAUAUCUGUACAUAUAACAACAGGGGAUAUCUGUACAUAUACCCACAGAGGAUAUCUGUACAUAUACCAACAGGGGAUAUCUGUACAUAUACCCACAGAGGAUAUCUGUACAUAUAACAACAGGGGAUAUCUGUACAUAUACCCUACAGAGGAUAUCUGUACAUAUACCCACGGAGGAUAUCUGUACAUAUACCAACAGGGGAUAUCUGUACAUAUACCCACAGGGGAUAUCUGUACAUAUACCAACAGGGGAUAUCUGUACUGUACAUAUAACAACAGGGGAUAUCUGUACAUAUACCCACAGAGGAUAUCUGUACAUAUACCAACAGGGGAUAUCUGUACAUAUACCCACAGAGGAUAUCUGUACAUAUACCCCCAGAGGAUUUCUUUCUGGUAUCAAAAGCUAUUCAUGAAAAAUAACAAUAUUCCAAAAUAGCGUGUCUGCUAAAUUUGCAUUCAUGUUGUGAUAAUCCUUCUACAUUACAUCAGUCAUAAUUUAGACACAUACAAGGCAGUCAUGGAUUUGACACUUCUGACAUACUGUAAAAGUCAUGGAUUUUACACUUCUGACAUACUGUAAAAUGUUAAGUACAAUGACAUUAGCAGAAGUAUUCAGCAAGUUCCUAGAUAAUCAGUUUAUUGUUUUAGUUCAAUUUAAUGAUGUGGAGGUUGUGUAUGAGAAAAGUAUGAUGUCUGGAGGGAAAUAUGACUUUGCAGUGAUUGAAACUUAAAAGAUAAACAGACCUGCCAACUCCUACUAUUUUAUAGGAAUCUUUACUAUUUUGUGGUGGUCGUUACUCUUUUUUCUCUCGAAAUAGUAGCAAAUUACUCUUUUUGAUGCAAUAGAUUUGGCAAGAAUUGUUAAGAAUUACUCUUUUUUUGCUAAAAAAUGGGCCAAAUUACUAUUUUUGAAUUUGAAAGGUUGGCAGGUCUGGAUAAAUAUGAUCAACAGAAUUGAUGGCUAUCUUUUAUUUGCAUGUAAUUAUGAGAAACAUGCAAAUUCUUUAAGAAUGAAGCAAUCUCUCUAUUUUGUAAAGAGGAUUUUUUCAACUUGGGUGUACCCUGGUACUGUUUUAGAUCUGGACGUUUUGGAUACAUCAUGAUAACAUUGUUAUUAUAUUAUAUACUGCCAUUUUAGGAGUAAAUUAUGAUUGGCCACCAAUCAUGAACAAAACAUUUCAACAGAUGGGUGUUAUAGAUGUCUGUCAAUCUAAAGAUGUCAUACUGACAAAUUGAUACCCUUGUGUACUGAGAAAGAUGCAUUUUUUGUAUGAUUGUUUACUGGAAGUAUGGUCAAAGUGUGGGGGUAGCAUCACACAUUAGCUCAGAAAAAUAAUGCUAUGUAGAGGCUUUAGUAUACAGAAUAGUUUUUAAAGAAAUUUUACAUUAAGGUUUUUUUUAGACUUUUUGUAUAAUUAUUAUUUAUGUCAUAGAUAUGUGAGGAAAUGUAAUGCUUUAUUUAGCCAAGGGUCAUCUGUAUUCAGUCUGGUGAUUCAAAUGAAGACCCAGUGCUAUUUUGACAGAAGUUGUUGAACCCAGCCUACCAAUACUAUAUUUUUUUCAGAUGCUUUAAAACACCCCAUUUCGUAUGUAGUUUGUUGGUGAGGUUCACACAUAUUUGAUUCUGUAUGAUAUUGUGAUCAGAUAAAUAAAAAAGUAAACAGCAAAGUUAGUAAAAUUUCAUUUAAUUUCAAAGAAAAAUCAAUGCACAUCAAAAUCAAUGAAACUUCAAGCUAAAAUAUAAAUAAAAGAAAGAAAGAUGCAGAAUACAUUGAGAAAGUGCGAAGAGUAUUGGAUCGGUUGUUCCAGGAGAGUAUUUUCAACUUCCUCCAUGACACUUGUAAGAUAACUCUAUGUAAUAUCCCCGUUAUGUCAUAAUCUCAUAAUGAGAACUGGGGAAGAUUUCGUAACUACAAACUAACAUAUUUAUAUUUCAACAUUGCUCUGCCUCAAUGAAGCAACCAAACUCCGAUCACUUCAUUUCCCAAAUUAGAUUUCGAGUGACAUGCCUCUGUUCUGACAGGCAAACCAUUUUUUGCGGGAGUAAAUACACCAUGAACAAUGUUGACAAUGUCUAUAUACAAAUGUUCUGUGUCAAAUGUUUCGCUGAAAUUGAUAUAAGUGUAUAUUUAUUGUCCCUAGAAUGUGAACGACUGCUAAUUGAGAUUCGAAAAUGGAUGUCUGAAUGUUUUGAAAAACAGUUAAGAGAUUUGUUGUAUGAAAUAAAUUGUGUUGCUUUGAUCUGAAA